UCAAUCAUUUUGGAAGACAAUCCAGAGCAGUUCUGCUUUAAGAACGCUUUCUGCAUUUCGAAGAAUCAUUAUGCCGCAAACCUUAUUUCGAAAAUGUUGUGCACAGAAUCAGGAAUGUUAUUCAGUUGACUGCUGGAUCAUGCAGGCAACGGCCGCAGGCACUCAGUAGAGCGGGAGGGGCAGCUCUCUGUGGGGCACAACGAGUUGGCAGACACGGUGCUUUGUCCUCCUUCACUCUCACUGAUGAGGAUGUAUUGGAAUACGGGCAACAGUUGGAAUGACUUUAGCCUGGGCUUUAUGUUUCGCAAUUGAUUUAGAUGGAUUCCACAAGCUAUCAGUCAGUUUAGAUCGGAGAGGGACACCCAAGCUUUCUCAAGUGACCGGCUGCUAAUUUAAUCGAUUAUAAUUUCUGGAAGAGAGAUUCCUCUUUUAUCAGCAAGUAGUGAGAACUGCAGUCAGAUCAACUCGUUUGCCGAGGAUUAUGCCGAAUUGACGGUGUGUUCAUUGAGCUGCUGGAGGCAGAAGUAUGGGAAUGGUGCAACCCGGACAGACUGUCAAAUUCUGCUCGGUCUCUAACAGGAGAUACCUCAGCACAGCACGUCGCGGUACGACAGUCUAAGAUUGGUCAUCGCCAAGACUUCUGGCAGAGUUUAAGCAGGACAAAACUGUGCCAUGAAGACUGAGAUGUGCAGAGGCAUUAGACCACCAUCUCCUCCCUGCAGACGGAAGCCGCGUUUCUGUCUACGAGGCAGAAUGAAGAAGGACAGGAUGAUUCAAGGCAAGCUUCGCAUCCGUUCUAUGCCCGGAGCAUUCCUGGUUCUGGGGGUCAUUGUGGUAGCUGUUGGAACUGCUCUGGCUGUAGCUGGUUACUGGCCCUAUCGGUUUUCAAAGUCAUCCAUAAUAGAAGAUACAGAACUGGAAAGUAUUUCGGAUCCACAGCCAUCCAGUUGGAGUCUGGGUACCAAGGGGUUCUUUUCUCCAGCCAGUCUCCUCCAUGGUGACCGCAUGAAGCUCCUGGGGCCAGUAAUCAUGGGAGUCGGACUAUUCAUCCUGAUAUGUGCAAACACUGUCCUAUAUGAAAAUAGAGAUAGAGAGACUCAGAUGCUGCUAGCUCAGAUGCGCAAUGUUAUCUGCUCUGUAUCAGCAGCUGUGCCCUCUGCAGGCCUCAGAGACUUGGCAGUAGCCAACUCUAUGACCAAACACUAUCAGUGGGUAAGCAGUCUGCCUGCUGCUCAUCUCAAUAUCAUGUGUCUGCAGCAGCUGGCAUGCUCUGAGCCCCUACUGCAGACCACCUACAUCAGGGACAAGGAGGGCAGUGUGGAAGGCAUCUACCAGCAAACAGACCUGAAGACAGAAGCUCUGACUCAUCACAAAGAGUCAGAGCCUGUACCCUCACCCCCUUCAACCUUGUGUAAGUCAUGUGAUCACUGCCAGGUAGACAGUAAUUCUCAGACAGGGGAAGAACUGUGGAGCAAGCACUGUUUCAGUUUACAGACUGCCCCACUCCUCAAGCUUAAUUUCUGCCUUGUGUCUGCUAGCUCCAUGUCCAACCUUAAGCUGGAAGAGGUGGAUUUUCCUGCUGCCCAACACAGGCGUUGUCAGAGUAUGAGCUACAGGACUAAGCCUUACAAAGCCCAAAUUGGGCUGCACUUCGAGAAGGAACUCUUCCCAUGCAAAAAGAACAUUCAGACAAAUCAGCUCCAAAUCAAUAAAAAAGAGAUAGGUUCCCAGGGUUGUGUGAGGAUCCCUGUAGAGACGACAGAUGCAGAAGAGGACCAAACCGGUGGAAGCUGGCCUCGACUAGAACUAGGAAGUGGGAGACGAUACCUGAAACUGGAGAACAAAGAGGACUCUGUGGACAAACUCCUGGACCAGUUGGAGCAUCAGUGUUCCUACUGGGAUAAGAGUUUUGGCUCUGGGCCAUUCCAGUGACAGAUGUUGGAUUAAAAAAAAUUGAAAAAUAAGAAAACAAAAUAGUUUUUCUAUUUUUAGUCUUAAAUUAUUUGGGAUUAGAUAACAAAUGAUGUCAUACAAUAUGGACAAAAUUAUUUACCAGCAGAAUUUUUAAAAAUUACUUUGUUGUGGGUGAAGUGUUGAAGAGCAACGAUGACUUUUUAAUUUGGAUAGAAGUAGUUGAAGCUCUACAUUUUUAAAGAACAGGAGCAUCACAAACUGGCUGCUGAAGAAAAUUGCUUGCCUUUUCAAUUUGGUUUGGCAGUAAAACAAGAAACUACCAUUUCUUGCCAAAUGAAUGGGCAUGUUUCCCAUACAAAAAUUGUGCACUGGUAGUAAUGACACACAGUAGUGUUACUUCUCUAUAAACAUUUCUGAACCAAUUUAUCAGGGCUCAUGAGGCCAUAAAGUGCUGACAGCUCUCAAAAAAAUGGAACUGCUAUAUAAAAUGAGACAUCUUUACUUAUGUCUCUUAUGACAAAUGUUACAAUAGACCACAUAUGCAAACUAAAUGUCAAUGAAAUGUUAUUCUGCUAUUUGUCCAAAAUAAUUGUAACCUUUUCUACAACUUGGAUCUUAUUUUCUUGUUUGGCAAAUAUUUGCAUCAGUUCUGAUUACAUUAUUUAGUCUUUUUGCCUGCCCUUAUUGCCAGUUCACAUGGCAUGCUGUACUUCUAACUUGUGACAUCAAUGUUUUGACUUAACUUUGAGCUACUCCUCUAAAUAUGCACUCACAAUGUAGUUUCCUCUUAACUAGCACUUUGUGAAACUUCAUUUUCAGCACAUUCAUUAAAUGGUGGGAUCUAAGUUCUAUAAAGCAUCUUCUUGAUGUUGAUGGAUAUGAUAAGCUGAAAUGGCCAAACCAUAAAGAAGACUUGGCUUCUUCAGGCAUGUUAGUCUUAAAUUAAGUGUAAAAUACUGAAGCACCAAGUUUUGAGCAAACAUCAACUCUGAUUUUAUUAUUUUUCAUAAUUGAAACUAACCAUUAACGACAUCCUGGACCUCCAGGGCCACCCAAGCCAAGCUUUCACCACAUCGCCAGUCGGGGUAGGCUGGCGAACUUUCUGCAUCACCUGGGUUGGUUUCCUCAUUGCCCAUCAUGGGCACACCACUAGGAUCACCACCGGCCUUGACCUACCGUUUCUCUCAGUCAGAUUGUGACACACCGUGCAUCAUUAGUCAGAUGACCUGGACAUCCAAUACAUUUGCCGCAACUGAAUCGAUGGAAUGAGUCUUUCAAGCCUCAGCAUGCCCAAUCCGGCAUCGUGGGUAUGUGAAUACAGCAGUCCAUGUAUUGGGAUCAUGUAGAUAGGAGUUCCACCGAUCUCCCAGGCAUCACAGCCUUUCAACACACCCUUAGCCAUGUAGAACCUGUGGCACUUCCUGGACUGAACCUACAGCAAGACUGUGUUUAUUUUUUUCUGCCCCAUGACAUCCAAUAUAAUAAUGAAUAAUAAAGAAAAGUCAGUGUCUUCCACAAACUUGAAGUGAAUGCGAUAAAAUAGCAUUCACUUCAAUGCCAUCCCACCAUACAUGACGGAAUGGUUGCUAACUGGUUGAAGCCAUCAAUGCAAGCUGUGCUGCUACUUAACACAAAAUCAAUCAAAACCAUGGAUAAUAUCAAACAUACGUCACCAGUUUGUGAAGUCUGUUUAAGCUGUCAGCUUACUGCAUCAAUCAAUAAGUGGUACUGGCUGUUUUUCUGCUGCUUUUCAGCCUCAGCGUCUUCCCAGCUUCCAAGGUCAUAUAUAUAACAAUAUGACCCUCAAUUAACAAUAUGACCCUUUAAGUGCUGACCUGUUGAACAACAUGGGAGUGUAGUGAUGAGGUUGGAAUGUAGAUGGCAAACCCAACUUUAUUCAAUAUUUUAUAAUAAAGGUGGACAUAUUUAAACAUGUCCACGUGAGUUGGCUGAACAAUGGAUUUGAAAAUUGUACAGUUAGCUGAAACAGUGGCUCUUAAAGGGAUCUUUGAUUAGCUGUAAUAAUAGACUUUGAGAAAUAUUUAUUUUAGAUGUAAAAACAGUACACUAAUAAUAGUUGAAUAAUUUUUAUAAAUUUUAAUCAAAUAUUGUCACACGUACAUCACCAUGUUGUUCACGCUGCAAUACAUUCUGGGUAAAUGAAGUCUAUUUGGCGUAGCUCCGUCCAACCAAAACAGUGAUGAGUAAUGUCAUUAAGUCUUUUCAAAUUGAACUGGAGCGCAUUGAAAUCGAUAGGAAUGCAGAAAUCACAAGAUGAAGGUGAGGAGGAGCAAACAGAGGAAGAGGAAAGAGUUGGUGUUUUACUGCUGCUGCCACCUUCAGCUUUAUAAAUGAAACACUGAAUGACACGUACCUCUGGUGGUGAUCCAGUAAGUAGUUUUAUAACUCUGUAUAAUAGCCUAGUUGGUUAGAGGUUUACAGGCUUAAAAUAACACACUGUUGAAGCAGAAACUAAACACAUUUUAACGUGUAGAUUUUGAGAGCCACUUUAUGAAACCCCCCCGCCCCACUCUUUUGUUUUAUUUUUACUUCAGUGAAGCUAUGCAACUCCCCUGACCAAACAUACUUCACUGAAGGUAUGUUUUUUGGUGAAUGGCAUAUUUUUACCUCUGUUAAUGCUCACAUUUUUACGAAUGUUUUUACGCCUGUACAAACGUGAAAAAGUUUUUGAUAAUUUAAAAAAGUUACUUUUUAACAUAAUCUAAUGUUUACUUUUACUUUCCAGUCAUUGAAAGGGACAGUUGUCUUCUAUAUGCCUUUCAAAGACAGUUGUUCUAGAGGUUUGAUCUAGAGGUUUUGUGGAUGCUAUAAGACUUAUUGUGCAACACCUCCAGUUUUAACGCUUACUGUUAAAGUUGGAAACUGGAUGGAAAUGAGUAACAGUGUUAAGCAUUUAUAUGUCCUGUGAUUAAGUAACAUGGUGCCUCAUCCUGUGAUGUCAUAUGCGUUGUUAAGAUCCAAAGUUUUUAAAUAAGACCCAAGUCAUAAAAAGACAACCAUUUUUGUGUCAUCAGUAUUUUCUUAUUAUUAACAUUAAUGGUUUUUAAUUGAUUCUGAGUGUAUCUGUGUUUAUGUGGUCACCACACUCCUUUACUUAAUCAGCCCUUGAUCUCAUCAUCUGAUUUCAAAGGAAGAUUGGUUUGCAAGUCCACCUGGAUCUUGUGUAAUUCUUAGUGUCUGGGUGAAUUCCACCAUUCUGCCUUUCAUGUUUCAGUGUUUGUGCUGUCUGUUGUGUUAUAUGAAACUCUUAACUGUAUACCAAGCAAUAUGAUCAAUCAGACAGAACAGUCAAUAGUAGUGUCUUGCCCUGUGUUCAUAGCAGGUUAAAAUGUAAUGGUUAUGCCUGUGUUGCUAAUGUUAAACAUUCAGUUAAUAGGAGAU